AUGGCGGAAAAGACUGAGGCUUUCAACGAGGCCCAGAAUGGUGAUCAGCCACCUGCUGCUACUAUCGAUGGCAUCAACCGACGAGACCGCCACUUUACCGACGAAGAGACCAAACGAGUCGCCCGCAAGUUCAAGGGCCACCUCCCCUGCAUGUGCGUCUUCUACGGCCUUAACUACGUCGACAAAGUCACCAUGGGCUGGGCGGUGCUCUUCACAUUCAAAGAGGACCUCGGGCUCGUCGGUAACCAGUACUCAUGGACAUCUCCAUUCUUCGACUUCGGGUACCUCGCCGCGCAGUACCCGGCGAACUUCCUGCUGCAGCGGUUCAACACGUCGCAGAUUCUUGCCUUUGGGACACUGACCUGGGGUGCGAUUAUCGUGCUGCCUAUGGCGUGUUCUGACUAUGCAGGACGGGUUGUGUUGAGAUUCUUCUUGGGCGUUGCCGAGUCCAUGGCCAGUCCGGGUUUUGUGCUGUAUACUUCGCAUACUACACGCGACAAGAGUAGGUUAUGA